AUGCAGACUACCAAACGGCCCAAACAGGACACCACGCGGCGCUGUCAUGACGAGGCGGAUUAUGUGGUCAACCUCGUAGAGGCAACGAUGAGCAGGUCUCAUGUCGUGGAUGUGAAGACCGGCCACUCCAAGACAGACCCCAUACGCACAAGCUGGGGCGGCUCGUUGAUGCGGGGCCAGACACCCACGAUCUCAGCCAUCGAGCAGCGCAUCGCAGAGUUCACCCACAUACCACCAGAAUACGGGGAGCCCAUACAGGUCCUUCGGUACAACGACGGGCAGCGGUACGACGCGCACUGGGACUGGUUCGACGACCCUGUGCACGGCCUGGCCAACGCCACAGAGAACCGGGCGGCCACGGUGCUGAUGUACUUGGGAGAGGUGGAGGAGGGCGGGGAGACGGCCCUGCCCAUCGCGGUGCCGAUAGACAGGAAGAGGCAGAGUGGGAAUCGCGGCAGCCUGUCUGUGUGCGGGCGCAACGGCACCCUGGCGGUGGUGCCUGAGAAGGGGGACGCCCUGCUGUUCUUCGACAUGCUGCCAGACGGCCGCAACGUCGACCGCCGCUCGCUGCACGCUAGCUGCCCCACGCUCAAGGGCACGAAGUGGACCGCCACCAAGUGCGCCGCGGGCUCGGGGCGCAGCGCGCGCUGCCUGCAGAACGUCCUGCGGGCCCUGGCGCAUGCGUGCGCUCCCUGUGGCAGGCGGAUUCAUCACUGCCGCAAUCUUGCCGCCGGUGCCGGCCUCCCUGUGCGCACUGAGCUUCCUGAUGGCGGCGCCCUGCUGGCAGAGGCGGACGCGUACCGCGUCCUGGAGGGCGGUCGCCUGGCGCAGUCGGGCGGCAUGGUGGCGCCCGCAAAGCUGCGCCUGGUGCGCAACAAGGCGGCCGGCAACCACGUGCGCUACGAACUCGUAGUCGAGCCCGCCGACCCUGACGACACGGCCGCCGGCGCGCGGGUGGUGGUCCAGCUCAGCGCCCGCACGAGCCUGGCGCCUGCAAAGCUUUCGGGCCUCAGGCACGGCAAGCAUGCAGUAAAGCCCAAGGGGGAACCGCUGGCCAAGGCCGUGCUCAACUCACCUGGCGCUGACAUCGAUUUGAUCGUCCUGGAGGUGCGCCAGAAGGCCGCCACCCCCCUGCUGGGCGCCGUCGGCCUGGCGGGCGCCAAGGUGGCCGUGGGCUUCCAGGAGGCAGCCGAGGCCAAGGGCUGGCACCUCUACGUGUCCGCCGUCCUGGGGGUCGUGGACGAGGCGGAGGGCAGGACCUUCGAGUCGAUGUGCGCCAAGGCGGCCGGCGGCCACCAGGCGCACACGCUGGGGGCGCUGUACGAAGGGCUGGCGGCGUGA